UUGUUCCACAUCUGGAAACAUUGCAUCACUGCUAAAGCCCCGGAUAAGAGACUCAGCCAGCACAGCUGCAUUAGCUGAAUCCAGAGCCAUGCAUACUCAGGGUUCAGUCAACCACAACAUGGCAUCAGAGAAGAGGAACAAGAAGCAAAACUUAGCUCAACCCUGCGUCCAUAGGGCUCUGGAUGAGGCCAGUCGAGCUGCCUGCUGCUCGUCAGUCUCUCUCGGUCCUCUGCAGACUUCAGGCUGCUCAGAGCUGCUCAGCACCGACCACAGCUCACACUGACGCCCCAUGGAACACUACUAACCGUGCACAGCGUCUCAUACUCUCACAGGGUGCAGCGUCCAGUGCAGACCGAGUAAAGUGGAGCGAGAGGAAGAUGCCGGCCCCUCCUCCUCCCCCACCGCCCCCAGGACCUCCCCCUCCUCCCACCUUCUCUUCUGCCAACACAGUGAAGCCGAAUCUAAACCGCUCAGAGCAGCAUGGAAGAAACGCUCUGCUGGGCGAGAUCUGCAAAGGCUCCAGAUUAAAGAAAGCCGUUACCAACGACCGCAGUGGACCCACGCUGGACAAACCUAAAGGUGGAGGUGGAGGUGGAGGCGGAGGAGGCGGAGGCGGAGGAGGAGGAGGAGGUGGUGGAGGUGGAGGUGGAGGUGGAGGUGGAGGCGGAGGUGGAGGCGGUUUAGGAGGCCUGUUUGCAGGAGGGAUGCCAAAACUGCGGUCUGCAGGAAACAGCGGUAAAAACGACUCAGGACCCAGCCGAGGACCCGUGCUCCCCCCAGGAGGCCGCUCUUGUGGGCCCACCCCCUUCGGCGGAGGCUCCAGCGGCCCGCCUAAACUCCCGGGAGCCCCCGCCGGUUUCCGUAGCAGCGUCCCCGAUCUUCCCAAGGGCCGGCCGAAUCUCUCAUCCAGACAAGACACUCCAGGAGGGCCCCCUCCUCCCGUACCCAACACACCUCGACCAAACCAGGGCUUCCAGUCUGGUCGCGGGGGCCCGCAUCCGCCGUCACUCCCCGCAGGACCCAGACCCAGCCCGGCCUCCGGUGGACCUCCACCUCCCGGCGUUCCACCGGGGAGGCACGGAGCUCUCCCUCCCCCACCGGGAGGCUCCUCGGCUGGGUCGAGACCAGGAUUCUCUGCACCUCCUCCUCCGCCCCCAAACAGCAGCCGACCUUCCUUACCGCCGGCUCCCGGAGGGAGGCCGCCGCUUCCUGACGACCGCCCCCCGCCGCCACCGGCUCCUGUGGGAGGUCAUCGGCCAUCUAUGCCCCGCGACGUGCCCCCUCCUCCUCCCUCUGUCAACUCCAAGCCUUCCUCCUCUCCCUCUCCCUCCUCUUCCUCUCGUCCCUCAGUUGGUGGGGGUGUGCCCCCUCUCCCGCCGGGCCGACCGGGCCCCCCUCCUCUCCCUCCCUCCCCGGCUGGUGGGGACGACCACAGCACCCCUCGUCUGCCCCAAAGGAACCUAUCACUCAACAGCCAUGGUCCAGCGCCGCCACACGGUCGGAGUGGACCUCUCCCUCCUCCACCCAACGAGAGGCCUCCAUCUCUUGGAAGGAACCCGUCCUCCUCACGCGCAGGGCCUCUUCCUCCCCCUCCUCCAUCAGGGCGUAGCAUGGGCGGAGGCAGUGCGAGGUCAUCACCGGCUCCUUCUCCUAUUGGUCGGCCAGGCCCGGAGCCCCCUCGCGGUGGACCCGGCGGUAGACCUCCCCUCCCUCCGGACAGGCCGGGUGUCGGAGGAGCCCCUCCUCCUCCACCUCCCCCCAUGGGUAACGGCUUCCAAAACUCCCACCACAACCAGGUUCAGGACGAGUGGGAGAGUCGGUUCACCUUCCAUCCAGUGUCGGACUUUCCUCCACCGGAGCCCUACGUGAACUUCCAGAAGACCUACCCCAGCAAGAUCGGCAAGACUGACGGCAGAGGUUCUGGUAAAAAGGAGAGAGGAGCUCCCCCUCUUCCUCCUAUACCCAGGUGAAGAAGAGGUGGCAGCAAACAACAACCCCCUGGAACUACUUCCUCUGUUUCCCUACCUGUCUCUCUCUCUCUCUCUCUCUCUCUCUGUGCUUUUACCUGCUGCAUGUGGAUUCAUCUGUGGACUGCGAUGUGUAAAACGGACCUGAAGCACGGUCGACCAAGUAAAAAGGACAGACUCACAAUGUGGAGUUUCCAUUAUGUGCCUCUGUAGCAGACGAAGGGCAGCAUUCAAAGACCAAAGUCCUGUUUCUACUCCGGUACACUGUGUUCAGAUAAAAAGGAAAAAACAUCUUUAGGAAACAAUGUGUUUUACCGCCACGCUGUGGCUGGAUGAUGAGACAGAUCACUUAUGAACAACAGUAUUUUUAUUCCAUUAACUAACUGUUUCGUCCUUUGCUUUCAGCAGUUGGUAGAUUGCUUGCUAGAUAUUAUAUUUUACCAGCCAAGCUACACUUUUAUACACGAUUACAAACUCUUACUUGACAAAUAAACCAGCAUUUGGCAUGUAGCAUUGUGUGACUUUCCCAGCCUGUUUACACAGACAGCAUUAGGUAAAGCUAAACCAACAUGUUAUUGCAAUAUUUUUGUCAACAUAAGGAGUCCCAGGGUUACCGUUUCAGGGCUUAUAAUGCAAUGAGCUGUUUGUCUCCUUUUGUUCCAGUGUUUCCCUCGUGCCUUUUCUUCUAUUCAGGAUUGUAUCUUCAGGCUGUUUAUAAAGAGUUAAGGGAAUUAGCCUUUUUGUGCCUUAAAUUAUGUGUGUUUGUUCAGCUGGAUCACCUCUGCUGGUGGAAAUGUAAAAAACAGAAGCAAUACAGCUGCUCUAUUUGCCACAUCUACAAUAUUUAGCAUAGCAAAGUGUCUUAAUUACAACAUCGAUGCAUUAGACGGACAUGGAACCAAACUAGAAAUGGCCACAACCUCUUGCCACGACAUCAGGGGAGAAACGCGGGUGUUUGAUUUGCCAAAGCCACAUGUGCCUUCACAGUAUGUAUAUUUUUACAUCUGGAACCACUGAACGGUACUUUUUUUCAUUUGAUUGUUAAAUGUGAGCGUGCAUUUAAUGUUUAUGAAUGAGAUGUUUUGAAGGACAUCGCGUGGUGUCACAGCAGCAUCGGUUUACAUUAGAAGUUGAUUCUUAUUUUGCUGUUUGGUUAAAAGCUGCGUUGCCUCACCGUGAAGGACCUGUGUAUGUAUCUGUUUGAUUUAAUCAAGUGGUUUUGAAGGACUGUAUUAUUUUAAGUUAUGUUUCAGUAUUAUGUUUUCUUUUUUGCUUCACUCAGCACGGCUUUUGAAUGAUCUUUUGUGUGAUGUAUUAUUAUUAUUAUCAUGUGUUGGUCAGACAAACAUUUUUUUGAAAGACAAUCAUAUGGAAGUAAACCUCCUGUUUACAUCAAUAAAUAAAAAUGCUUUACGAUGCUUUAUGUGCUCUACCUGCAGUGAAAUGUGCUUUUAUUGGACUAUAAGGACGAUCGUUUGAUCACAGACAAGCAGAUUUAUUAUGUAUUAUCAGAUAAAACUAUAUGCAUCAUUUACAUGUUUGUGCAAUAAAGCUGGACAAUACAUCGAUUCAA